ACAGUUGAUGGGCUGGACAAAGCUUCCAUUGCAAACUGUGAUGCACCAAACUCAGGCAAUCAGUCACCUCCCUUAAAGAGGAAAGGAAGGCUCUCCUCCAUAGGCAAGAUCUUCAAGCCCUGGAAAUGGAGAAAGAAGAAGGCCAGUGAGAAAUUUCGAGAGACCUCAGCAGUGUUAGAACGUAAAAUUUCCAUGAGACAAAGUCGAGAGGAGCUUAUAAGAAGAGGAGUUCUCAAGGAAAUAACAGACCAUGAUGGUGAAAUACCAAUCAAUAUGGGAACAUCAAAUGGUCAUACAGUGCCAAUCAGUGAGGAACCACCAAAAGAACUGAAGCCUACAGCAGGAAAUGGAGCAAUAGCCUCAAAAACAUCUGCAUCAGAAGAAAAAGCUGAAGACAAGAAAGAGAGGGUUCGUGUCUGCCCAGAACUUCCACCUUCAGCUCCACCUCCACCUCCACUUAAACCCCCUCACAAAAAUCUUCCUUCCAAAAAUGUAGCUGGCAGUUAUAAGAAAAAUGAAGCAGCUACAAAACAACUUGCGGUUAGUUCUAGUAAGCAGCCACCAGCCACCCUUCCCAAGCCAACAAAUCGGGCAGCACGCAGCACUGAGUCAACUGAGAAGAGUGUAGGAGUGCCUGAGUCAAAAACAAAAAAAGCUGUCACUUCAAAAAUUUCUGCUGCUUCUGCUGGGCCAAGCCAUAGAAAAGAUGAGCCUUCCAGCAAAAAACCUGCCAAAAGCAUUUCCAAACAGCUGUCUGCUCCAGCACUUAAAACAACAAGUCGAGCAAGCACACAGGAAAAUAAUGCCUCUUCAAGUAACAGAAAAACAGCUGCCACUAAGACAUCAUCUUCCACACUGGCAUCGACUUCCUCCAGGCCAAAACCUUCAAAAGAGCAGUUAUCCAGCAAAGCUGGCAUCUCAACCACUCCGAGAGCCAAAAAAUUACCCAGCAAAUCUUUAUCUGUUGAUCAACCUAUGUUGUCGCAUGCUAGUUCUACAGGCCUAAGGAAACGGGACAGGACUGAGCCGGCUACUCAGCAGGUGGACUCUGACACACAAGAGACCAGUCCCAUAGAAAACACUCCUGCUGAACAGCAGCAAAAGCCACUGUCCACUUCUCCUGCUGUAAAACAUAAUUUAAAAACUCAGUGCAAUAUAUCUGAUGCAACACAAGAGGAAAGUCAGAAUGAUGACUCUGCCACUGUUAGUGAAAGUGUGCAGUUACCAGAAAACAGAUGCGCCAAUAAAAUUAGUCUGGAAAUAACUGGUGUGAAUGAAGAAAAUACUGAAAGUGAAGUUUCUUUGAAAAGCCAUGAUGACACCUCAAGCCUUAAAAGCCAGGAGGUGACAGAUGAAAAUUGUGAUACAUCAGUCAUUCCAGAUGGAGAUAGUGAAGGCAAAGAGAGCCAAACAAGUGAUUCUGACUCGGAUGGCCCCAUCCUCUACACAGAUGAUGAUGACGAUGAUGAUGACAGCACAGAAAGUACAUUGGCAAGUAAAAUCCGCCGUAGAGAUACACUUGCUAUAAAACUUGGGAACAGACCAUCUAAGAAGGACCUAGAAGACAAAAAUAUUCUGCCACGUAAUUCUGAAGAAGAACGACAUGAGAUGUGGCAGCAGAUUGGAACAAAGCUAGUGAGGAGACUCAGUCAAAGGCCCACCUGUGAAGAGCUAGAGCAAAGAAAACAUCUUAAAACAAAAAAAUGAAGAGGAGGAGCAGGAAGCGAGAAGAGAACUGAAACGAAGGCUUACACGCAAGCUUAGCCUGAGGCCUUCAGUGGCUGAACUGCAGGCCAGGCGUAUCUUGCGCUUCAAUGAAUAUGUAGAGGUUACAGAUUCUCUGGACUAUGACCGCCGUGCUGAUAAACCCUGGGCAAGGUUAACUCCUGCUGAUAAGGCUGCAAUUCGAAAAGAGCUUAAUGAAUUUAAAAGCACAGAAAUGGAAGUACAUGAAGAAAGUCGACAGUUUACAAGAUUUCACCGUCCAUAG